AUGGUAGCAAGACUUAGGCAAUAUGAACAGCGUCAUAAGAUACCACACCAGCCUGUGGUGCGGGAGGCGAGCUCUACUUCGCGAGUCGCAUGCGGAGUAGCAACAAAUAACGUCUCGUUAUUUCCCUCCAGUGCAUCCCUCUCAGCCAAAACGUCCCGCUCCCAAUCCGUCAAACCAUCAAUUCACAAGAUUCCCUCCCGUUCAUUGUCGCUAGUUCAAUCGGUAUCUUCAAAAACGUCCACUAGAAAGGAGAUGGCGUCAUUAACGAGAGAGGCGGCAGAGAUGCUGAACCCCACACACAGACUAAAGGGCCUCGCCAGUAUUGAUGUCCCCGAUGAACUUUUCCAUGGCGUGGAGUUUGCACCACCUCCGCAGUGCUUUCGGCCGGCUUGGUCAUUAAUCGGUACAUUUAAAACGGAUGUCCACACUUUGGUGAGCGUCGACACAUACGAGGGGUCUGUCAAAUGGUAUCAGCAGUCACCAAAAGGUGGCUUUCAUCGCAUGUGUGCUUCCACAUCAGUUAUCACCAGUGUUCAGAUGGCUAAUGCCGAAGGAUCGCCACUGGGUGAAUAUUUAGUGGUUAUAAACACAUCUAUUAGACCCUCGAGGAUUACCUUCGGAUUCAAAAAGUCCACGGAUGCGCGGAAGAUGGUAGUUCUGUUGACCCCCCCACCUCACCAUGCUUAG